CACAUAGACGAGCUUAGGGUACUUUUAGCAAAUAAUGACACAGAUGUUUUGUCAAUUAACGAGACCAAACUCAUUAAAAAUGCAAGUGAUGAUGAAGUCCACAUCCCCGGAUAUGACAUAAUUCGCCGUGACAGGAUCGUAAAAGGCGGAGGUGGGCUAGGUUUUAUGUGUUCCCUGCUGUCGCCGCCUAAGAGACGUGACGUAGCAAAUUAAUGAGGUUCUUCCGUCUUUGCUGCAUAUAUCUUCAGCGUCUUUCAUGUAGCCUAUAGGUUGCCUUAGCAUUAUUAAGUUUCAGUAAUGGAUGUGUAUGGCACCAUGGAAAUUGAAUAUUUAACGGAAAUGAUUGGUGAUUUAUGUAAAAUUAAAAGGUUGAUUGCUUAAAAUAUAUCCUCAAUAACGCAGAAAGACAAAUUCUACUAAUAUUCUACAUUAACUGUCUUCAGUCUAUAAAAAGCAAUGUAAUAAACAGCACCUGCCGUCUUUUUAACCUCUAAUUAUGAAAGAAAAGUUUUACUUUCUAAAACAAAAACUUUACUUUAUGCAUCUUUCUCACUUGCUAACAGGAGAAAGAACUCCGCAGGAUCGUAUUCUUCAUCAAAUCCGUGAUUUUGACUGAAAGGACUGUGACAAGUGUUUCAUUUCAGUUGUGUUGUAAAAUUGGAAAGAAAGAAACCUCUACCCAAGGUAAGGGUAUAUUUUCAAUCUCAUCUCUUUGGAUAGCUUAAAGUAACAACAGGUUACUUUGAAGGUAUAAAACUUCUCACACACUACCAGCGGGGUACUUUCCACGUUUUCGACUUGCCACCAUUGAUUCAGUUUGAUAGGGUACAGAGAAAGAUUUCAGUGAGUUGACAUCGUUUUGAAUUUCUUUGGCUAGACCUGUGACAUACGCGGGAAGUUGUUUAAGUUUUGUAACAUACGACAAAAAGUCGCAAAACGCCGAGCGAACAGGAUGAACGAGCAAAGAAGGGGGAGGACGAUUCGCAGGGAAAAUCCACUUGUUUCAAGUUUCGCUGUUUUUAUGAUAUUUAGUGGUUAAAUAAAUUUAUGGUAAUUCGUGCAGCAUAGAAGAAAUUUGAACCGUUGGAAAUUCGAUCUACUGUGGUUAAUAACGCAUAUAGACAAAUUUGCCUGACAUUCUGCUAUCAGCUGCGAUAUUUAUAACUGAAGCUUCUCUUUUUUACCAUUUUUAAAUAGUUCCUGUCGGUUUUAAAAAAGGCUGAGAAAAAGGAAUUCAAGGUUAUAAUCCCGAAAGCCACCUUUAAAGGUAUUUGGUAUUUGACAACUCUUUUAAUGAGAACAGAAGCAGAUGCGCGAAGCGCAGCGGAGGACAAUACUUAAGGUCAGGGCGGAUAAAGGCUGGGCAAUGAAACGAGUGCGUCCGAGCAAAAAGGUGUGAUGCAGUGGACUGGGAUCAAAUUAUGGACUACAGUUUAAAAAAGACAGCAAACGACGGCUAGUUGCGAAUAUCAAGGGCAUCUCAGGAAAAUGAGUCAUGAAUUUAAAGGGUUUCGUUAAUAGAUAGAUAGAUAGAUAGCCUUUAUUUUAAAACGAAAAGUAUUAUUCAUAAAAACAACUUCGGCGAGUUCAUCCUUGUGAAAAAUACAUCAACGACUGCCAAAGUUCGCAAAAUAGAUUUAUCAUAAGAUGACAGCCAUCUUCGCCUACCAACAAGUUUCUCGGAUUUCGCCAGCAAAACGUGAACAUCGUAUUACUCCUGGACUUCUUACGAACAUUUGUGUAAGUUAACCCAUUAUGUGGGCUUGAAAACUCUUUGGUCCUUGUUCCCACUGAUUGUCAACGAAUAACUGAAUAAACAAAUUGCACUGUCACUCCUCUCUCCAACCACACUCAAACAAAACUAGCAGAAUAUGGCGUGUUUGUAACCAAUCAAUAAAAGCGUUUGCUUUUCUGUGCCGCACGUUUAGAGAAUUUUGCAGUUAAUCACAACUCAAACUUUUUUUACAAACUUUGUUUUUUGGAUAGUAUUAAGCUGUUCGUUUGUCGAGUUUAAUGAAUGUCACGGGAAGUUUAGAUAAUGAGUGGCCCCUCGUUUGGACUGUUUAUCUGCUAUCAAGAUUCUUCCGUGUUAUUCGAAGAGAGAGCUGGUUUGUUUAUUUGGUUUCUGGGGUAUUUUGGAAAGCUUCGCCACUGAAUUAAACGAAAGUGAAAAUUAAACAUGCAGGCAUUUAACAGCAGAAUACAGGAAAAGUCUCACUUACUCUCUUUACUGCUCCCCCCCUCUCGUUCUAGUUUUUCGGUAAAGUCAGGCGUAAGUUUAAUCAUUUCAUGUGAUGCGAGACGAUGGCGAUGGCUUCGUGUGCAGACGCUUCAAUUAAUUUUAUGGUUGCGAAAGGAAAGAGAAAGUUUUUAUAGAAUACCCAGUUCUAGUGAUUGCUAGUAAAAAUUAACGGGAUGAUUUGCGAAAGUCUUGCUUCGAGAGAAAACAAGUUUUCAGAAACAUUUCAUUCACUCUACUUGAUGUCUUGAAUAAAGUGCUGUUGUUGUAUAUGUUUCAUAGAAGUUUUAUUCAUGUUUUAAUUGUCAGUCAUAAUUUUGUAAGGUGUUUUGCAGUGGCUUUUUUUCCUUUUGCGGACUGUGGUUAAUUUGUCAGAAUGACGCGUGAGUGAAAUGUCUUAAAAUGGUUGAAACAUGGCCUGUGAUUUGCGUCUGUGUUUACACAUUAACGCACAUUUUUCAUUCUCGCCGAAAACAAGGUACAUAAAAGACUUGUCGAUUAUUCUACCGAGCGACUCCUAACUUUGCCAAAAUGAUUUCGCCUUUUUGGAAUAAGUUUAUAUAUAUUGUUGACACGUUUAUAAUUUGAAGUUUGAGUAUAGCGCACAUUUAGCCCUAUAAAUACACAACACGCAAAGCGCAGUUUGUGUAAACUGCAAAAUUAUGGCUAUUCCUAGGGGGUAAUGUUAAAUACGUUUACUUAUCAUCCUUGCUAGAUCUUUUCACCAGAAGACACCAAAAGAAUAACUUAGUAAACGUCACUGAGUAAAAGAUAUUGUGGUACAUAAUUUAAAGGGUAGUUUUACACGUAAUGGUUUGUGGCUCCGAUUUUGCAAAGCCAAGGAAGCUUAUUCUAAACAAAAAAAUCGGUCUAAUUAACUAUUCGGGUAGAAUCCCUUUUAGACGGAAAGACUGACUUAUAAACAAAAACUGUGAACUGGACGCAGCCAAAGAGUUUCGUAUGACAACCAGCCUUUUUAAUUAAAACAUUGAACCUCAUGGGCUAUUAGCUUUUCAAAGGGGUGUGGUGGAGGGGUUUCAGUGAUGCAGACGUAUGGGUAAGAAUUUUUUUCCAAGGUUAGUACUAUGAUCAAACUUGAUUAAUAAUUUUCUCUUUUUGUUUUAAAAUCAGUUCAGUAUAAAUUUUGCGGUUUUAAGUAAUGUUCCCUGCUAGCAGAGAAGAAGAAAGAUAGCGCUUUCAAAAACUGCCUGCCUUUAUUUCAAACACAAAGUAGAUACUACAUGAGCCAAUCAGAGUUAAAAGAGACCGGGCAAGCCUGGGCGAGCCUAUUGUUCCUAUUGAAUAAAAGAGACGCUCAUUAGUAAACCUAUACCGAAUUAGUAUGCAGGAAGGUAUGUGAAUGUUAAUGAUUUACCCUAUACCUACUUGACGUUAACAAAUUGAUAUGCAGGAAGGCUAGUUGAAUAUUAAAGAUUUGCCUAUACCUAUAGGUGGUUUUCACAGUGACGUCAUCAAUAGCGAAAAGUCAAAAUAGCGAGGUUUACGAAUUCUUAUUAACACUAGGUUGAAGAUAAUCAAAAAGUUAAUCUUUGUACAAGUUUUCAGUCCCAUAGCAUGUUUCAUUUCGAAAAUACAGCAAUUUGAACUUCCGAGUUUUCAGAGUGCGUGACACCAAAAUAGGAAUGCUGUCUCGUUGAAAAAAAGUCUCUCCUCUUGAUUUUCAGCAGUAUAACCAUUUCAAGUAUUAGAAGAUAUGUUUAUGCGCACGUAGGCUAGUUCUCGAGUGAAAAGAAGGAGCUUUUAUAGAACAAGUGAACUCCUGAUGUUUUUGUUGAUUUUCGGCGGCCAUAUUGGUGCACCAAAACUGUGCACCAAUAUGGCGUCUCCAUACAAAGCUCUACAAAGAUGCGUGAAACGUUUCAGCAAAUAACUCAGAAACUGUGAGCCAAAAAGACCUGAGACUUGGACAAAUUGUUUAAAAAUUAGUCUUUUAUAACAUGUCAUUUUCUUGGCUUCUUUCACUGGACGGUUUUCAAUUUAUUUUUUUGUUGCGUGACAGUGAAAACGAUCUAUAGCUAUACUUAUACACCAACAGGGCUUAAUUUUAAUCAUAGUAUACUUCUUCGUAUGAUAUGAAUUAUGCAGAUUGAAUGUGGACGGUUGAGGUGGAUAAGACUCUUUUCGAAUCUGCGUAAUUUUUGAUAUUCUGAACUAAUAAUCGUUGAUUAAAGUUAUGGUUAUGUCUUGAGUUCUGAAAUUAAAAAAAAGAGAGAGACUUUUCUAAAAGCGUCUAUUAUUAAGGACCAAACACAUUAAUUAUCGGUAGAAAACCAGAAUUACUGGAAACUUUGACUGAUUCGGAAACCCAUUAGCUCCUGCUUGAUUCAAUGCGAUUCAUUCUAUAUCCGUUAUUGACCAAGCGUGAGGUCAAGAUGGCUGGAUAUUGGCCAUUUUUUUGCCUUUUUUAUGGACCGAGAAGAAGUUGAGGUCGAUGAAAACGCAAAAAAGGACGAGGCCAAUAUCCAGAUAUCUUGACUGAACAAGCUUUGUCAACAAAGGAUUUAUCAUGGCCAAAACGAGAACAUUUUUCUUACGGGACCAAUGCGAGAUAUCCCGAGAGAGCAAGAAUGGUUUGGGUUGCCAAUAAGAACACAGGAUUCGCUUUAUCUUGCCCGCUCGCGGAUUCGGCCAUAUAACAAAAUUCCUUACCUUCUGCACCCCAUUCAUGGGCGAUAACAGUUGGAUAACAGUUUUUUCUCUAUCUUGUUAGGACUGUUGGCAUAUAUCAUGACCCAAAUUGGCUUGUUCUUGUUACUUCUCCGAGCGAUAACAAUGUCUCAGGCUGGUAAGUAUUUUCACUGUCACGCCAUCAAAGAGAAAAAUCAAAACUGUUCAAUAGAUGUAUUCCAGAAUCAGGGAAACAAAAUGGGAUAAAUAUCAAAAGAUCUUCACCAAGAUUCAGGUCAGCACAAUUUUUCGUUUUAGACAUACUCGGAGAAUUGAUUUACCCAAAGUUAUAGAGCUUUGUGUGGAGCCGCCAUGAACACCAAGAUGACGGCCGGAACUGAACACAAACAUCUGUCACUGAGUUUUGCUUUGAAAGCGUGAAUUCAUCCGUCGGAAAACUCUUAAAAAUUAAAGUGAUACUUUUUCUAACACAAUAAUUGUCCAGAUAGCACAAUCUCCCCAAAUAUGGUACUUUUUUUGACCAGACAGCUCUCUCAGCCGCCAUGUAAAUGCCGCGUCACUCAAAAGCUUAUUAGAAAUUCAAGGCACUGUAUCACAAAAGGAAAACUCUUUCUUUUUAGUACGUAUUAAAAACGGUGGAUAAUGUUUUUCACACCCUCUCAUGCCUGAGAUAUCCAGUGCUAUUCACCUCCGAGCGACGCCAAGCUUGCUUAAGUUACGAGAAAAAUGUUUUUUUCGGUUUUCUUUCGUAAUGACUCAGUCAAUUCUAAGCGUGGCCAUCCCCCCUGGGCAUUUGUCGGGCAUUUGUCAUGUUACUUGGUCUCGGCGGUGGGGAAUUGUCAGAAAACCUCAGCCCGGGGUGGGGCAUUUGUCAAUUCUUCUAGACGCGGCUAACGUCGUUCUUUUUUCAAUAUUUCACUUAAAAAAAUAUGUUUAUUUAAAUAACUUUAAAGAGGUAAAGAGAUAUAUGUGGUUCUCGCUCCAUCACUUCCCUAUCCCACAAUAUUUUUUUGCAUCCGUUUGCUUCCCGCCAUCGUGAUCAGUUCGCAUAUGGAGGAAAAACAAUAAAUGCAUCGUUCGAAGAGUUAAAGGAAAAGACGCUUUCUUUGUGCGUGAAUGGUUGAGCCAGAAAGGACUAGAAAAACUUUGCGAGAUAUUUGAAAGCCUGCAUAAACUUCGUGCAUUGUACGAUCAAUGCAACAAUUUUUAAAUACGCUGACGAAACGGUUCCAUCGUGAUGAGAAAAUAAGCUUACUCAUGUUAAGCUCAUCGGUUGUUUGUUUAUCAUUCACGUCUUCGAAAAAUAAGAAAGGUAUUAUUAAAAUUCUAGUUAUAUUUCUGUCAUUGAUAUUAAUCAGAUAGAUGUGUUAUUUUUUGCAAUAAUUGUAACUAGCAGCUAGGGGCGAUUUGCGUAGGGGGUGCACACGUUUUGAUCGGACUAUUAGAGAUUUCCCAUAAAAAUGGUAUUUUCAGCUUAUUUACUGGAAAAUACAAUUUUGGUGUUGUCCAAGGGUGGGGAAUUUGCACUAUAUUUUUGAGCCCCACCGUUGGGCAUUUGCAGCUUUUCCAAAACAAAAUUACAAAUGCCCCACAAAUGCCCGGGGGGCGGGGGAGGGGCAGGAUGGGCACGCUUGGAAUUGACUGAGCCAUAAUGAAAAAAAAAAAGCUGUUCCCGUUGAAAUUCGGUUUUGCAGUUUUUACAGAUAAAGCUUGAAGGGAUUUGUUUAGCUCUUGCAGGGAUAUUUCUUCAAAAACAGUUGUGAAUUCUUCCUCUGUUUGAAACCAUUCUGUAAAAAGUAAUAGUAAUAAUAAAAAAUUUAAAUUCAGUUUUAAACUUUGGUAACGCAUGACGAUGAAAGAUCGAUGAAACCGGUAAAAAGAUUUUUUUGUUACAAAAUUAAUUAACAGCUAAUGAAUGAUGCUGAGUAUCUUAUGCAGAAUUAUGGAGAUCGAGGAGGGUGUUAUCCGUCGAGGCCGUAACAUGCUUACCUCCAUCGAGGUAAACGCAAACAUGCUUACCUCCAUCUGCUCCAUGGAUCCAUCGAUGUUAAGUUCAUCUUCGAUAGUGUACAUUUAGGUUUGUCCAGCUCCGCAAAUAUUCUCCGAAUAGCAGAUGUCGCCUUCCGAGUUGUCUUCUCGCUGUUUUUGCUAUACUUUUAGCCAUUACUUCCCCUAGUUCCAGCUGUAGUUCUUACUCUUGAAACGAGUGAAGUGUCGGCCAUUUUGUUUUCACAACCAAAACAACUCAACCUCGUCCCAGGUCUUCUCGGUUAACGGUGCCUUAACCUGUAGAAGGCUGCAUUUUUGACGUCAUUUCCUCGUGAAACUCAAAAUUCUUCCAAAUUUGGUCAUCAGUAACUGGUUAUGGUGAAUUAUGCGUGUGGUUUUAGCCAAUCAGAAUGGGGGAAAUAUUUUGAAUGAAUAAUAAUGCAAAUUAAGUGCUGCGUUAAAAAAAUUCACCACUCUUGUUCACGAAAUGUCCCCGCAAGAGCUAAACAAAUACCUUCAAAAGUUUUAUUUGUCGGCAAGAAAACGUGACGGCCGUUUGGUCAUUUGCGCACCAAAAAUGUAAUCGUUUGCAGCAAUAAAUGAGUUAAAAAUCAUUUUUGUCCUCAAUCAUCUCACGGUUUUAGUAUAUUAUUUUAUACAUAACUAAAAGUAAACAAUAUAUUCACCUGAGUGUUGUGGCUAGUAGUUCGCGUCCACUUCAGUGAAAUACCUCAGACCGAUAACUGUUAUUUAGCUGCUCUAAUAUCAUGGGUGACGAAUUACUCCUUAAUUUUGGCGCGAAAUUUCAGCAUUAAUUUACAAUUUCACAUGUGAAAUUACAAAAUUGCCAUGGCAAUAUGCCGUACGCUUCAGUGCUAAGAUGGCGGCAAAGUUUUAAAAUGUUAUGAAUGAAAAUGCCAGGGCAUGACAAGACGCUUUAAAAAACCUUAACACAUGAAAGAGUAUAUCAAGAAGGACUCUAACAGGUUAUUUGUUAAAAAAUUCUGAAAACUAUGAACUUAAGCCAAAAUUUAAGCUCUAAAGUUUUCAGUGCGCAGAGUUCUCGACCUAUAAUCAAUUUGAUAAACAUGACAAAAACCAACCAUUGUGAAUGUAGCGUCACCCAUGAUAAUAAAUAAUCAAAUGGUAUACUCGUGAAAUUAGGGAAUAAUUUCACACGCGCGAGUCACAGUUUGAUGACGCAUACUAACUGACGUCAUAAAAGUAAAAACUCAGGUGGAUAGAUAAUUGAUUAGUUUGAUGACGUCAUGUGAAAACCAGCAAUGCCAUGGAAAUAAACAAAAAAGGUCGGGAAGAGAGUGAGAAUAACAGGCUACUACUCUUCUCUAAGAAUUUUUGUUGUCAAGUUUAUCUCGGAUUGCCCCAUGAUGGGAUCCGUCUGCGAUACUAUUCGCCGCUACUGGUCUCCCAAAAUAGUCAAAAGCUAAAUCAAUUAAGAUAAAAGCUGCAAUACUUAAGAACCUUGCAUGUUUUUAACAAGAUACGUGUUAGGGCCUGUUUACAUGGAGGUGGGGGACCCCAGGUAGGUGAGAUAACAUGUGGCGGGUCACCCCACCUAUCAUGUAAUUAAACGUGAUCAAAUUAAAAUGAGAAGUAUAUGGACAGGCGGGUUACCCCACCUAAACGGGUUACCUCACCUACCUGGGGUCGCCCACCUCCAUGUACACAGGCUCUAAGAGUUUUUUUUAUUAUAUAAACACCAAUGAAAUACCACGUGAGCUUUCGCGCGUUAUUUUCAAAUGCGAAAAGAUCACCGUUGCUAAAGGUACAUAAUAAAUCGCGCCUUUCGCAGAAAAGAAAUAUUUAAGGGAAAUGGUUUGGCAUUUCAUCGGUGUUUAUAUAAUAAAUAGAAAAUUACAUGGCUGCUCGGAGAUACGAAAUUUCUCUUCUCGUGUUGAAAAAUAUUUCACUCGUUUGCUGUACUCACUCAUGAAAUAUUUUUUAACACCUUAAGAGAAAUUUCGUAUCUCUGCGCGACCAUGUAAUAUCCUCUGUUUCUUUUUUGCAGUCUUAUUACAUGCUAUGGGCAGAGUUCUGAUAAAGCAGUGAAACUUUAUUCUACGUAUUAUUACUGUUUGUCGUCCUAAUUGUAGCUUCAAAAAAAACAGCUGCAUUAGCUUGCAUUUGAACAUAAAUGCCACGUGAAUUAUUAUUGUUAUUAUUAUUAAUUAGUGUCAUCUCAACGGACAUCUUCCGGGAGUUGGUCCCUUCCAUUCUAAUGUAAUUUUCUUUGCCUUUCUCUUUAAGGCCGACACCUCACAUGUCCUCAAGACUGGAAAGAAUUUGAAAACUCGUGCUACAAGUUUAUGGAUAGUUUUGGUUAUUCGCGGGAAUUCAGUUGGUCGGGAGCUUUAAGCGUGUGUUAUGGGUUUGGAGGAGACCUUGUUAGUGUGGCGAAUAAAAAGGAAAUGGAUUUUGUUUAUAGCCUUUCUCCCAAUAUCACCGACAAUCCAGCUUGGAUUGGGCUGGUUUAUCAGUUCCAGAAAAAUGAAUAUUUAUGGAGCAAUGGAGAAUCUUUUAAUGGGUCUUUUUCCGUCGAGUCGCUUGAGUACUGUAUAAAUAGUACUGUAUGUGAAGACAAAUGUGGCGAAAUCUUCAGAAAUGAUUUGAACCUCACCAAAUGUUGCAAGAAAAACAAAUAUUUCAUCUGUGAAAGGGCGAAAGGUAGGUUGUUCCUAAGAAAGCACGUGAUAAGAAAAAAAUUAAGGAUAGGCGGGAUUGUGUUUUUUUUUGUUAAAAACAUCUCAUAAACUACAGCUACAAACCAGUGGGGAGUACCGGACCUUCUGUAAACAAAUAUAAGGAUACAAAUAGAUUUUGAUAUUCGUUUUUAUUUCAUCUCUGUAUUCUCCCAGUCUUCUUGAUGUAAGGAUCAGUUUUUAAUUUGUAGUUUUGCAUAUAUAUGGUCAGUUGUGAGCCGUUUUGCCAAAUAAAGAUGAAUCUUAAGCUUUGACUUGCUCGGGGGCUUCGUCUCUAUAAAAAUUUGGAGGUGCUCGUCGAAAUUUUCAAAAUACGCCCCUAAAAGAUAUCAGAAUAUAGCAUCUGUGUGUGGCUCAAAUUCAUUUUAACCCCUCCUGAGAGGCACUAUACGGAAAAAACGGUUGAGCAACCAAAAUACAUCUUAUAAUUUUCAGCGAGACAUCCUGUCGACAGACUUCUAAGUGGUAUCAAUGCACAAAUCAAAUAUUAACCCCCAAAAGGUAGGGCGAGUUCCCUUAUUAUCUUUUUUGGUGACUUCUCCCCUGGGUACUUGUUUUGCUUUGGUUUUUUUUCACUCUUAUCGCCAAAGUUACUUCGAGUUUUAAUUGGUUCACUGCUCACGUUUUCCCUCUUGUCGGAUUAGUACAUACAUGUGUCAAUCAAAUGCCAUAAUUUCACGGGUGUUACACUCUUGUCCAAAUCCUACAUACUAAUUUGGGCGAGGGGAAUUAUUACCUAAUUUCACGAGUAUACCAUUUGAUUACCUCUGAUUAUGGGUGACCCCACUGACGAAUUACGCUCACAAUCGUAGGUUUUUGACAUGUUUAUCAACAAGAUUAUCGAACCAGAAAUCCACGCACUGAAAACUUAAUACAGCGUAAAAUCUUCCUUAAGUUUAUAAGUUUCAGACUUCUUCGACAAAAUUCCUGAAAGAAACCUUCUUGAUGUGCUCUUUCGUGUGUUUAGGUUUUCUUAACCAUCUUUUGAUGCGCUGACAUCUUCAUUUCUAACAUUUAAAAACUUUGCCGCCAUCUUAGCACUGAGACGUGCGAAAGGUUGCCAAGGCAAUUUUAUAAUUUCACAUGUGAAAUUAUAAAUUAUCGCUGAAAUUUCGCGCCAAUUUGUCACCCAUCAGAUUAACUUUCUUGGUUUAGUGUACUACUAACUGCUCUUUAAAUUAGGUCCACUGGCUUGUUCUACCGAUUGGUAUCUCAGUGGGUCAUCUUGCUACAAAGAAAAUAAAAAAAAUCAAAAUACAUGGAUAGGUGCUCAAGAGGCAUGUUCUGACUUCGGAGGAGGUCUGGUGAAGAUAGAUAAUUACGAUCAGCACCGAUUUUUGAUUCGUUUCCUGGAAAUUUCUGGUCUAAAGAAAGAGGGAAUAAAUGUAAGUACGAGUUAUUUACUUCAGGAAUCACCAGCUGUUAAAAUUAAGCGUAAAGACAUGCUUACUGAUAUCUUCUUCUUCUCAGGAACAAAACAGUUAGUAGCCCAUUCGCCACUUUAGAAAAUACCAUAAUGAUCCUUUUGCCCCCCAAAUUUUGCAUAACUAUUGUUUUCAGUUUCUCUUGGGACUUAGAAUCGUCCCAAAAGAAACUGAAACUACCAUGGCUAUGCAAAAUGUUUUUUGCGGGACAAAAAGAUUAUUACGGUAUUUUCUAAAGUGGUCAAUACUUUUCUUCCAUAAGAUUGUUGAGAUCCAGGAAUUUUGCUACCAUGAUAAGAUGACGUCACACUUCUCUCUAUUGUGCAAUGUUUAGUAAUAGUGCACCGUCUGUCAAUCAAGGUUUACUAAGAAAGACGUAACAAAAGCACUAUCGUUUUUUUAAGGUGGGUGGCACUGAUUUGCAGCAUUUUUCGAAUAAUGUGACAAUAACAAACGCCCCAUGAUUAGUGACGAGGCUAUAAAAACGUUUUGACAAGUUUUCAUGUUUUAAAGCACCCUUAAUGAUAGCCUUUAAGGUGGCUCGACCCGAAUGAUUACCUUGGUACAGUACUCGAUCAUGUUGUUGGUUGCAGAAACAAUUUCCUCCCACGGUCCCUAGCUUCAACUUGAAAAGUCUCUCCUUGUAAGAAAGGAAUGUGCAAUUUGUAAAUCGCCCGUAAAAUUGACACAUUCACUUGGAUAGUAACAAAAGCUUUAUAUGCAAUGUCCCACAGAAAUAAAACUGAUUUUAAUUUGCUUUGCAAGUUUUAAGAGACAGAAAAUUACUGUUUAUAAAUAAAAGAAUUUAAAACCCAAGUGAUUUAUUUACUUCUCACUUAGGGCAAAAUUAAUGACUCCAAACUAAUGCCAAUCAUUUCUUAUUUCAAAAAGGCUAACUUGCCUAUCCAUUCACGGCUUAAAAACGCGCAGCCGGCAGACCUGAAUGAACCCCCAUUUAAUAUGGGGGUCUUGUUUGCACUUAACUAGAUUUGUUAAUGUCUUGUCUGUGUCCAUUUUUAAGUACGUGUGGUUUGACAACACCGGGAACUCAAGAUGUAGAGGAAUGAACACAGAGACUGGAACGAUGGAAGAGCCCGACAACUGUGAAGAGCAGUAUAUGCACUAUGUUUGUGAAAGGCCAGCCGCCUCAACUAUAAGUAAAUACAAUUUUUAUAUGAUCCAAUUCUACUAAAGGUUUAGUUAAUGCCCGGGGGGACUGAUGCUUCCCAAUAUAAAAAGACGGGGAUACUCGACGCCUUGUUUGGGGGUACGGGGAAAUUGCAGAUCAGUUUAGUGUCAUUACUCGGGUUAAGGACUCAGAAAGCCAUAUUUGGACCCACACAAGUAGCUUUAUAGGGCUUUGCGCGAAGAAAUGACCGAUAAAAAAGAAGAAAAGAAGACACAGUUAAUAGGCACAAUUCAGACGUCGAACUUUUCAUGUACCGAACUUGAUACCUGUUAAAUGAUACAAGUUCAACAGUUUUUUCAGACGUCGAACUUAAUUUAAUAGCCAAAGUAUUUUACAGACAUUCUCUUACCCAUAGGCGUACGGGCAAUUUUUUGCCAGGGGGGGCGGUAAACCAUUUGCCCAAAAAAUUCUCGCAAGUUGCCCCAAUUUUUUCUUUUUUAGGAACAGUAGAAAAGAAACGAGGGCCAUACGAUGCAAUAACGUAGGCCGUACUGGCAUAUGAAGGUGGCGCGAUACUAUGACAGUUUUUCAGGGUCAAUACCUCCCAAUUUUGAGAAUAAGUACGUCGCCAUAGACACACAUUUGGAAAAAUUGCUACCAUAGUUUUAUUAGAUAAAGAUGAAAAUUUAUCAUGAGCAGGGUUUUAAUGACAUCGGAAUUGUCAUAGCAACGAAAUGACGCCAUUGUCUAUUUUACUUCCAGCAAUAUUUCUCGGCACUAGGAACUGUUCCUACAAAAUUGUUCACGGGAGCUUUUUUCUCCAACAGUCGCCUCGAUGUUCGUGAAGUUAAAACGGAAUUUAUAGGAGCGUUAUUGGGAUAUUUUGGGAUGAAGUUUUUAUCUUUAUAAAUAUGGUAAAAAAAAUCUUGAUGUUUGGCCGUUAUUUGUAGAAAACGAAGCUCUUUUGACAUGCAAUUUCACCUCAUGGUAGCUUCAAGCUUUUUAAAAACGUGUGUAAAAGAUAUGAUCAUGGAGAUAGCUCCAGCUGAUUGCUAGAGAUAAGGAUUUCAUUAGUAUGUAUCGAUUGCUUGAUAGAUUUUUAAUCAAAUUUAAUAUUCUUCUCGUAAUUCGAGCUGAGCACUAGUCAGCCACUUCUUAAUUUUCAGACCCACUGUUGCUGAUGUUAUCUGCCAUUCACUGUUCUACUAGCAGAGAUGAUUCUAGAAAGAUAUGCGGAAGUUUAUUCUAAUCAAUUCACGACUGGAAAGAGCUCAUUCCAGUCAGUGCAGUGCAGUACAGUGCUCAACAAUAACAAACUAUAAAUACGUAAAUCAACAAAUGAUACCCUUCCCUAUAACCAGAAACUCAUCAAGUGCUAGGCAACCACUGUGAGUGUCUCGAGAGAAAGUAACUGGAUUAUUACACUGACUUCAGGAUUUUUUCAGAUUAAAAUAGAAGAUGUUUGUCUCUUUAGAGUAAUAAAAAAACAUGGAAACGUGUUGAAAAACUGGCUUUGCCCAAAUUUUCUCUUGCUGCCCAAAAAAUCUGAGUUGCCCAAAAUUUGGGGGGGCUGCAGCCCCCCUCGCCCCCCCGGCCCGUACGCCUAUGCUCUUACCCUGGGAACGAGGUGUACUGUCGCAAUUUGUAAUAAUCAUCGCACUUUGUAAUGCCUGUCGCAAUUUGUAAUAAAUCCAUCGCACUUUGUAAUACCUGUCUCAAUUUGUAAUAAGCAGUGUCGCAAUUUGUAUUAAAAAAGCUGUCACAAUUUGUAAUAACAGUCCAUCGCACUUUGUAAUAAACUAAGCUGUCGCAAUUUGUAAUAAUUCCAUCGCACUUUGUAAUAAUUUUUUGAGAGUGAUUCAACUUACUUCGUCAACAUUAAUAUAAUGCCAAAAUAUGCAUGGUACUUCAUAAACAAAGAUGAUGACGUCUGCUAGCAUGUAACAUGUUCGUAACAUUUUCUUUGGUCAAACAUGCAUGUCUUCCGCUAGCUUCCGCUAUAAAUUUUUCUGCCUUGAUUAAUCACGUGACUAAAUAUAACUAGAAACGCUUUUAUGAAAGACAUGAAACUUCCUGUGACAUAUCACCAAAAAGAUAUGAAUCACGUUUAAAUUCAAAAAUAUUUAAAUAAGAAAGGCAACAUUUAACAACAGAAAAUUCAUGAAUAACCUGGCAUUCGUCGUCCAAAUCCAUGUUUGCUUGCCACGUAACACGUGAAGUCUUCGGCGGGGGAGGGGGGGGGAUAAUCCCAUAUAUGGAUGGGCUAGAUAGGUAAGUACCGCCUGAUAGGGUAUGGUUUUUGAGGAUCUCGAGCCUUUAAGGUGACUCGACCCAGUUUUUUUUGGGGGGGUACCAUCCUACUUUGAAGCUCUCUGGUAUCCCCACCUUUACUUUUAUCGUACGUCUAACACAUAGAAUGGAUAACAUAUAGAUCAAUCUACAAUAUAACAUAAAAUUUUUGGCGAUCGGAGUAAAUGUCACGUGGUUAUAAUGCCACGCCCCUUUGAGGUCUGAGUCGAAAAUCUGCUGUUGCCGACAUUUUUUCGUGAAAAUCUCUCGGCUACACAUAGUGCGCAUUAGUGCCUUGCGCUGAACAGAGUUUCACCAAAAUCGCAAAGACCCAAUUCGAGAAAUUCAGCGGUUUCCAAAUUUAGGUCAUAAUUUAUGCGAAAAUGAAAAGCAAACUGUACACGGAUUAUAUCUAAUAAACUAUGAGAUUCAUCUCUUUAUUUUGGGCAUCGUUAUAACAGAUGGGUCCUUGCAAGUCAGCAAAACGCUUUAGGGCCUUGUAAAUGCGUGCGAUUUCGAGCAAAGCAAACAUAUAGAAAUUUCAGUUUUCGCUAUUUGUUGACGUUUGUCAGCGUUUAAGAGUCCUUCUCACGAAAAAAGCAUUUUCUUAAAAAUUCGUAGUUUUAUUUCCUUCAAAUUUUUUCAGGGCCACAAUUGAUUAACUAACUACCCGGUCUCUGAAUUUCAUGGUUAUUGAAAAACUGUGACAUUAUCUUCUAUAAGCCCAAACUUGAGUAAACAUUGAAGAUUUUUAGCGUUUUGGCUGAGGUUGUGCUUUCGGAGUUGUCUAUUAUUUCUAGUCUGUCAUUAUACAGCAUUCUUGUUCAGCACGCGUGCAAUGACCACGCUUGGCUGACUUCCGAAUGCUCACCGAGAUAUUCCCGUCAUGAGUUGGUUUAAUUAUUGGCUUGCAUUAAACUUAUGAAAAAAUGAUAUUUUUUAAUAGUAAGUAGAUUUAGUGUGUAGCACUUCUUGAUUUUUUUGCAAAGGCACAAGAAGCACGAGAAUUGAUUAAAAAUUGUGAGUUAAACCUCUAUGUAUCACGCGAUGGCCUGUCUCACUGUACCAAAAUUAUCAUAUCUCGGUGAGCAUUCGGAAGUCAGCCAAGCGCGGUCAUUGCACGCGUGCUGAACAAGAAUGCUGUAUAAUGACAGACUAGAAACAAUAGACAACUCCCAAAGCACAAACUCAGCCAAAACGCUAAAAAUCUUCAAUGUUUACUCAAGUUUGGGCUUAUAGAAGAUAAUGUCACAGUUUUUCAAUGACCAUGAAAUUCAGAGACCGGGUAGUUAGUUAAUCAAUUGUGGCCCUGAAAAAAUUUGAAGGAAAUAAAACUACGAAUUUUUAAGAAAAUGCUUUUUUCGUGAGAAGGACUCUUAAACGCUGACAACCGUCAACAAAUAGCGAAAACUGAAAUUUCUAUAUGUUUGCUUUGCUCGAAAUCGCGCGCAUUUACAAGGCCCUAAAGCGUUUUGCUGACUUGCAAGGACCCAUCUGUUAUAACGAUGUCCAAAAUAAAGAGAUGAAUCUCAUAGUUUAUUAGAUAUAAUCCGUGUACAGUUUGCUUAUCAUUUUCGCAUAAAUUAUGACCUAAAUUUGGAAACCGCUGAAUUUCUCGAAUUGGGUCUUUGCGAUUUUGGUGAAACUCUGUUCAGCGCAAGGCACUAAUGCGCACUAUGUGUAGCCGAGAGAUUUUCACGAAAAAAUGCCGGCAACAGCAGAUUUUCGACUCAGACCUCAAAGGGGCGUGGCAUUAUAACCACGUGACAUUUACUCCGAUCGCCAAAAAUUUUACUUUAUAUUGUAGAUUGAUCUAUGUGUUAUCCAUUCUGUGUGUUAGACGUACGAUAAAAGUAAAGGUGGGGAUACCAGAGAGCUUCAAAGUAGGAUGGUACCCGCCAAAAAAACUGGGUCGAGUCACCUUAAUAGGGUAUCAUUUUUUACGUUGUUGGCCUUGUGUCUUUGGUUUGAUCCUUAGAUAGGGUAACUCAAGUAGUAAUGGAUGGUUUAUUCCAUCCUUUCCAUUUUGUAGAAAAACAGUAAUCUAGAACACGCUCGGAAGAAUUGCAAGGUCUUAUGAGUUGUAUAUACGCAGGGAAGGAUAAUUUUUUACCAUCCCCAUGGUAUUUGCUUUAGAGGACUCCUUACAGAAAACAAUUGUUUUAAGAUGGAAUGAGUACUCCUUUUGUUCCUAUAUGGGACCAAAUCAAGUGAGAAUAAUGGACCAAAUGCCCAGCCGGCUCAGUGUAAGACCCCAAGUGAGUGUUAUAAAAACAGGUACAUACGAAGGUAUUGGCCAGCGACUAAUUGGAUUUUGUGUUUAGGUUUCUGUUGUGGUUCGAAGGUUUGCCACUAGUGACGCUUUGUUUUAUUUGCAGUAAACAUUUUGAAUCUUUCCAGGCCUCGUUUGAUUAAGUUGGCCAAAAUAUGGAAGCCACUAUUACUUCUUUAAGAUUGCUCGUUAGACAAGAACGGUUUACCACGUGAUGUGUCAACCUGUUAUAAGAUCUAACAAUGAAAGCUUCAACUCUCCUGGCGUCCUUAUUCGAAUGAUGUAGGAUGGAUAUUACGAUUAGCGGAAAUUAAAUGCUUUUUAAUAAUGGCUUGUUUGUGUCUAGUGUGUCUAGCUCUGUCUAGAUCCUCUACUCUGGCAAUGCUCUGUCCAGAGGCACAUUCCCGUAUUGGCCAUAUAAGGAAGUACACCCGCCGGGUAACCAUUGAAUGCAAGCCACCUAGUACAAUAGCAAGGUUCAAGAAUACAGCAUUUCGUAAGUCAGAUAACUGAUCAGCAUUAAUCUAAAAAAAUGUUUAGACCUGUGAAUAAAGUUAAAUGUUUGAAUGAGCGGAGAUGUUACGUGCUAGCAGACGUCAUCUCCAUCUUUGUUUAUGAAGUACCAUGCAUAUUUUCGCGUUAUAUUAAUGUUGAUGAAGUAAGUUUAAUUACUCUCAAAAAGUUAUUACAAAGUGCGAUGGAAUUAUUACAAAUUGCGACAGCUUAGUUUAUUACAAAGUGCGAUGGACAGUUGUUACAAAUUGCGACAGCUUUUUUAUUACAAAGUGCGACACGGUCUAUUACAAAUUGCGACAGGUAUUACAAAGUGCGAUGGAUUUAUUACAAAUCGCGACAGGUAUUAUAAAGUGCGAUGAUUAUUACAAAUUGCGACAGUACACGAGGUUGUAAGGGAAUCAUAGUUUUAGGCUUAGUAUUCAAAUCUGGUGACUGCCCAGCUCUUUAAUUUUCCCAACUUCGCUCGCACUUGAAAUGAGCUGAAGAUUUUUAAUUCCUAGAGACCAUUGAGCUUGAAAAGCCGGCGAAAUGACGCAGACAAUACGGUAAUUAGAAAUUAGAAAUUAAAACUCGCGUACUAAAUGUGUACCGCGGUCACAGGCAAAGGAAAGGUUUCAAAAAACCUUUGGUUUCAAAACACUACUUAUCUCCAUUUUUUUCCUAUUACCUGGAGAAAAUGGCUCAAUUUCUUUUUCCUGGCUGGCUAAUUACCAGUUAUUUUUUGCUGUGAAAAAAGGAAGGAAUAGACAUCCCUGGCAGGGAAAAUGACUUUUUGGUAAAAAUCCUAGCUGGGAAAAGCCCUUAAGGUAAAGAUCCUGGCUGGAUAUUGUAUUUUAACACCUACCUCUAGCUGGCUUUGGGGAGCGGAUAUAAUUUUCCCACAGAAGUUACUAAUCAACCAAAAAACACUUAGUGACUGUCAAAAUAUUACUGGAGGCGAUAUCCAAUCACUUUCGAAUUUUUUCUCGUUGAGUACUCCUGACUGUUAACGCAGCGGAAUUGCAAACUGUACAAUGCCGCCAGCAGGAGUCUUCACGACGGUUUUGCGAGACACCUAAGGUCCAUGAGUUAAAGUACGGCUUUUACCGUCAAAGCAUGUCAAAACCAUGCUUGUUUUCCUCGAAUUUAUUUUUCAGUUCCUCAUAAAUAAAGCUCUACCAGCGUCCACCGGAGAAUUUUAUGGGCAAAAAUGUUAAGGAUAAUUAAUUGAACGAUUUUGAUUAAAAUUGGUUGUCGUUGCGCAAUGGAUAACGCCUUGACCUUACACGUCGAAGGUUCGGGGCUUGACUCCCGCGCUAGAGAAAUUUUUUUGGGGUCGUUUUGUUUGGUUUUCUUUUUUUCUUAAAACAUAUUUUCAUUUUUUGACAGACUUAAAAACACCGCUAGACUAAUUGCAAGUUCAUUGUCAACUUUUAUUCCUAAAAUAAUUAAUCCACGAAUUUGCCAUAGGAACGGCUAACUAAAUUUAUUAUUGAGAUAUGGGUUACUUUGGCCGCCUUCCAUUUGCUUGGAAAAAUCCCAGUUUCUAUCUGUUCUUAAUGCUUGAUAAUGAAGGCCAAACAAUACCACUGGCCACUUUCGAUAACUUACGCUUUCCUUUCGUUUACAAAUAUUUCACUCAACAACUUUCAAAUCGUUUUGACGUUUGGGGCUAGGGAUACGAGACGAGGAUAACACAACGGUUUGAAAUUUGUUUUGGGUAUCUCCCUUGCCAGGUCAGGGCCGAUAGUUGUGAAAAACAUUGUUGAUAGGUUCAACCAGUUCGUUUGCAGAAUUAAUUUUCGAUGUUUCGUUUUUUUCCUUCUUUGCGCGAUGUUACCCCAUCUUUUGCGCGCGUUUCCUUUGCUCAUUUCCGGAUUAUCUCUGAAAUACCGUCGCUCACCUACUUUAACGGCAUUAUUUGUCUCAUGCCUUUUUCUUUCGCUAAGCGGAGUGACCUUGUCAGAUAUUCUGUAUCUAAAACACCCACAUGAGAAGGAGACUAGCCUCUCAGUUAUCCUGCAUUUUUCCACAGGCAGUAUUUGUUAUCAGAACCCAAACAAUGAUUCAUCGGUUCCCAUCAAAAUCAAGUGCUCAUUCCCAGAAAACCUUUGUUUCAAAUUUGACAAGAAAACGGAGGAUAACAAACAAGUCACCAUUCAAGGAUGUAUAUCCGCUGAUCAAUGCAGACAGUUUGAUGACGAACAUUUGCAAUGUUGUAAGGGAGAUCUUUGCAAUAAUAGUAAGUGUCAUGGUUAUACAAACGCAAAAAUUUAUUAAUUUACGCGCACUCUAAGAUUUUGGCAUUGUUGCAAAACAGAGACAAGUUGGUUCAAAAUUUUAAAUCAUGAUGAUGAUGAGGAGAAAACUGAUCGGAAAGCAAAUAUGGUGUACUCCUACUGAAUUUUUUUUCUUUCUUCUUUUUAAUUGUUACCUCUUUUGAUUAUAAUGCUUCUAUUUCGCAACUGGUAAGUCUUCGGCCAAUCUCAGCUACGGCAGGAUCAAGGUAGGUGUGUUUCAAAUGUUGUUCAGUGCCCGGGGGGGGUACUCCCAUACAUUACCUAUACGAGUAUGUGCCGCCCAAAGGGGUCGUGAUUUUGAAGCUCCUGAUUUAGAAUGGGGUAUCCAUUUCAGAGGCGUUUUCUAGAACGGGGUAUAAUAUUUCGAAUGCACGAAAGCUCCACUUUUGUAAGCAGUCAUUUGAAAGUAUUAAAGGACAGAUUGCUUUUAAAAAUACGGUUCAAUGCGUUAACAAGCAAACCGUUGUACUCUUGUUGCACCCUAGAACGGAGUAUAAAAAAUUGGCCCAUUUCUAGAACGGGGUAUCAGUUUUAGGGCGAAUUCUAGAACGGGGUAGAAAAAAUUGACCCAUUUCUAGAACGGGGUAUCAAUUUUAGGGGAAAUUUUUUCUAGAACGGGGUGCCAAUUUGGAGUCCCGGGCGGCACAUACCCACUCAAAAAAUACCCAAGUGCCCCCCCCCCCCGGGUUCAGUGAUGGCACAGCGGGUUCCUCGUGAUACACGGUAAGUCUUCGACUAUUUGAAUCUGUGUUUACCCAAUUUUAAGGUAACGGACUCAUUUCAUUAGCUGUUUUUGCCACAAGAUUUUCGAGCAGCAUGAAUUUUUUUCUUUAAUGUUUCCCAAGAAUGAAUAUUUUUUUGGUCAAGAUGUUGUACACGAAUUUUUUUUUCCUUGAAGUAACAGUAAACUAAAAAAAUAUUAAAUCGUUCAGUUGUCCACUUAGCCAAGGGCAUAAUUUAAAUAUAGGCUACCUGGCACGUAUGCAAAAGUGAAUUGAUACAUAUCCUAAGGUACAGUUCACAAUGGUCUUUCAUACACAAGGUAUCCUGUAUUGUACGUACAUUGGUACUUCACAAGUUCAUAUUGCAUUGCUGAAAUUUUAAAUAAUCAUUGGAUGAGGUUUUUGUGAUAUCCAGAGUAAUCAAGGUGGAGGUAGAGACCUUGAUUAUUCUGGAUAUCACAAAAACCGAGUGUAAACUGUAUGUUUUCAAAGUUUGUGUCAACUCUAUCCUUUCCUCAGGUUCGCUCAGUUUGUUUCUCUUUCACGUAAUCAGCAAACAGCUCCUUAACCACCUUCGUCGACUUUUUGUGUUUUGUGUGUCGUUGUCUUCAACUUUUUUUCGAUGACCUGCUCGGUCAACGAAGCAAACUUGGAAGUCAUGUUCUUGCUCCUUCACUGACGGCAAGCAACACAAAGCGCGCGAACUUGACAUGAUUACCCUUAGAAAUCAUGCAUCGCGGUCAUACGUGACAUGAUUACCCGUGACCUUGAGUGUCCUUGUCAUGAUUAUUGUAUAACUGAUCUGCAGCUAGAUGACGUACCAGGCGCUGAUUUCGAAAAUUCACUGUACGCUUUCGGGCAAUCAGAAAAGAGAUAGUGAGUUCAGUGUAUAAUAAUACAUGUAAACAGAAUUACGAACAACAAGUCACGACAGGAAUGUUUCAGGCUCAAACACGAAAGUUGCCAGUGUUAGUUCAUCACUGGGCACAAAAUAAGGCAUUCUUAUGACAUUAUACAAAAAGAGUGUGUUUUCACAAUAAUAAUUAUAGAGUCUAUUGUUGCUUUCUUAAAGGAUACAUAAAUAAAUUUAAUUAUACUUCUCUAUAUAUCAUAUAAAAUCAACGUCUUAUAAGGUUAUCGUUUCCUUACUUUGUGUUAUACAUCUAAUAUCUGAGUUGGGGGCACUAUAGAGGAGCUGUAACCAUCAAUGGUUUGGCGCCAAACAUUUGAAUUUUGAGAGGGCGCUAAACAGAUGUGGGCACACCGCUCACAAUAAAGAAAUGACCGAAACCGGAAACCGCCCAUAAAAAGUCUCUGGCAUCCAGGUUAGCGACUCAAAAAAUCUGCAGCAUAUCUCCCAUCUACUCAUACUGGCUUUCUCUUAUCUCAUUGUGUUUAUACCGCAUCAGAUCUUUUAUAGUGGUUGGACAUAAAUUAUUUUAAAGUUAUUUAAUAAUUAUUUCUGAAAUUGCCAGCUAUUAAAAUUUAUGAUAAGCGUACAAGCCUCAGAUAUAUUUUUUUUUACAUCAGGUAUGAUUAUUUACAAGACCAAAAUUCAGCAGGAAGUUUAAUUUAUUCAAGGAGCUGAUGUUUUGCACACAGUAUGCUUUAUGCUUUCCUGCCUGCCUUUUUGAGAUUUGUACAAAAUGUGUGGAAGGCCAAUGCAGGAAUUUUUUUCCUGGUCUACUCUGCGUGCAUGAAUUUUUUUUUUUUCACUUAAUUUUCCCUUGGAUGAUUUUUUUUUUGUACCUCGCCUCCCCCCCAUAACUUUCUAAUGGUCCGUCCCAAGGCACAGUCGCUAACCUGGAUGCCAGAGACUUUUUAUGCGCGGUUUCCGUCAUUUCUUUAUAGUGAGCGGUGUGCCCACAUCUGUUUAGCGCCCUCUCAAAAUUCAAAUGUUUGGCGGCCAAACAUUCAUGUUUGAACCCACUUUGAACCUAUUUUCUCGUUACUUGUCCACGGUUGGAUCCAAACGACGGUAUCACAGCUCGCGGGUGUGCGUGGAUGUCGCCGGAAGAGGCAGUUGUCGUUUUAAUUAUUUAUAUACUGAUGUAGCGAAGACCUCAAUAAGCAAUUUUUCACGAGGAGUGCAUUUUAGCUUUGGUCAUUAUCUAUAACAUUGUGCUCAGCGUAACAAUCCGGCAUUCUUUUUUUUUUCAUUUUUCUAGGUCACCUCAUUCACAAGAGGAGAUUAUUCCUCCUGACAGGUGGGAAAUUCUGCCUGAGCAAAUAGAGUUUGAGGAAGAGCUGGGGAGAGGAGAAUUUGGUGUUGUUUACAAAGCACAAUUUAGACAGAGAGAUGAGAUUGAGGUGUUGGACAAUGCGGAGACUUCAAAAUGGCCUGUAUCAUCCACAAAGAAGAUAGCACAGGUGGUGGCUGUCAAAGUUUUACAUGGUAAGAAAUACCAACUGUUAUCCUCAUAGACAAAGGCCAGCAUGAAGUCUUAACUGCCUUUCAGCCCUCUUCAUACUACUGACUGUAAGAACCCUUUUGGAUUUAAAUAACUCUCUGGGAACUUUAAGAUCUCAAAGCAAAUUUAAACAGAAAAAAAAAACUCGACUCUUUUUGAAGACGGGAUCCCAUGGCAUUAAAACAAAUUACACCACCUAAAGACAUUGCAUUUUUAAAAUCGGGACUGUCUCUCGUUGGUGAAGAGCACGUCAAGUAAUUUGUGGUUUCUUUAUUCACCAUGUAGGUGUGAAAAAAUAAAUUAAGGCUGUUAAGUUCCGAAAAAGUAGGUUUUAAGCCUAUUAGCUCUAAACAAAUGCAUCUCUUACGAAUUUACAUUUCCCCAAAACCGAAAAAAAAGUAAAUUGAUCUACAGGGCCUGAAUGAAAGCCAAUAACGAAAAUAAGUUUUUAAAAUGCAGCCUCUAGUGAAUACAUGUAUGACAACUCUUUCUGAAGGAAGGAUCGGAUGCAUCUGAUGAUUUGUUUGCCCUUUUUGUGAUCCAUGUUGCCCAGUUUACACCGCAAGUCAUUUGAUAAUGUGGAGAACUAAGGGGAAGAAAUUAUGAAAUUGAGCUACGAAAUCACCAUGCUCACGUCUAGACCUAGGGGGUUUUCUCUUAUUAGAAGCUAUACAAGUGUGAGCGGGGCCGAAGGACAUGGUUUUUAACCCCUUUAUGUGUGAAAUUGGGAAAAGAUUUCCACGAUUUUGGAAAAACAGAUAAAACGAGAAACAGGAUUCGGUUUUGCUCUGCCUUGUACCAGGUCUGUAUUUAUUUUAUUCUAUUUUAUUGUUGGUUUAUUAUUUAUUUAUUUAUCUAUCUAUUUAUUUAUUUUUUUUUGAUUCGCCUUUCAUGAACAGAGGUUUAGGUUGUGAGGGAAACCACAUAGUCACAUCACACCGCCACCCGAAAUUUCCAGGAGUAGCUCCCGGGGCUGCUGGGAGGGUGCAGUGGCAAACUAAAAACAGUAACAAAUGUCUGAAUAUUUCUAGAUAUUCUAUUACACGGUAGAAUACAUCUGUAUAUACCCUUGUGCAUUAGAGGAUGAGUGGGAAGCGGUAAAAAUGGACGAAUAUGUUUUUCAAAUGAAACAUUUUGCACUGAGUAAUGCUGAAGAAUAACGCUAAUAAAAUCAACGUCAUUUUAUUUAAUUAUGUUUAGAUAAUCCAUCUGACGCACAGAAAGAAGAGUUCACGUUUGAGAUUGAACAGAUGAAGCUGCUGGGUUCACACAAGAACGUUGUAUCCAUGGUUGGAUGCUGCACGCUUCAGGAGAAAAUGUUGCUGGUUAUAGAAUACGUCCCGUGUGGUGACCUGCUGACGUGGCUACGCCGCAGGAGAAAAAAGGUAAGGAGAUGAACAAUUAUACAAUUAGGUUAUAACGAAAUUAUCAAGAAACAGAUAUAGGGAGACAACAUUACGAAUAUAUUUUGGUACUAUCUGAAUAUUUUGUAGAACUUAUUUAAGCAACUGCAGUUAUUCUUCAAAAUUAUAAAUUAAAGCAUUUAAUGAUAAUACUAACAAUAAUAAUUAUAUAAUAUUUAUUAUUAUUAUUAUUAUUAUAUUAUUAUAGUUUUAAAAGUAUUUUAUCCUUGGGUGUAACAACAUAGGGAUGGUAUUAAAAUCCUCCUUACGAAUGUUAGUCCAUAAAACCUGGUGUGCCUUUAAUUAGGGGCCGUAAUCUAGUAUGGAGAUAAUAACUUUUUGACUCUAGGAUCGCUUGAAGCCAUGCAGACGUAAAGUACCGUUUUUGUUACUUGCUUGAUGUUUAGAUCAAAGAACUUCAAGCUACCGAGAGAUCUUAUGCUGACAAAGAGGUUCUGAAGGAUCAGAGAGAGACCAGAGAUCAAGUAGGCUUGUAUAUAAACUGUAGUUUAACUUUCCAUACUAGCUCUCUCCUAAAACGUUUAUUAAUAUCCUAGCUAUCCCUGGCUAUCUAAUCUUAACCCGUCCGAUUGUUGUUGAAUGGUUUGCGCGUAACGUAAUGAUAAUCAAAAAGAAAGAAUUAUUGAUCCUUUCAAUUUAGUGAACUAUUAGAAAAACUGAACACGUGUAUUUCUACAAAGUUUCAGUUCGAAAGGGUUCUUCAUUUUGUGACAGAACACGUUUGAAUAUUCGAAUAUAUUGCGUGACGCGACAAUAAUAGGGCAACAAAAGCUGUCACGUAACUGUAGGUUAAAGAGUGACAUAUCUCUUUUUUAAAUUUUGCUACCUGAACAGUCCUUGUUUAUUGAAUACGUAUUAAGUUUAAUGUUUAUGAGCUCUCCAGAGAUGAGUACUCGCUUUAUGGCAAUGUUUCUGUUAGUUUCCGGCCGCCAUAUCUGUGUUCAUCAGAGGGACGCCAACAUGGCUGGCGUUUCAAAACCAAGCUCUAUAAAUUUGUGUAACACACUUCUCCGAAUACCUCGCAAACGAAAAAACCGCACAGACCUGAAUCUUAGCAAGACUUUUUGCAUAUCCCUUAGAUUACUUAAUUUAUUCAUUUCAACACAGGUCAGUAAACUUGCCCAGAAACAGAUAAAGCAAGCGGAGAAAAUACAAUUGAGUAUGGAAAUGACCCCAUUACUACAGGAUAACAGCGAGGACACAGCGUCGACUUCUUAUCAUCUCGGUGACGAAGUAUGAAAGAAGUCAAUCAGAAGGGCUAAAACAUUUUAGAUGACGCUUAUUUCUACUACUAUAUAUGGAAAAACUGCUUAACUCAACUCAAACAUGGUUAAGGCUUGUAGCUCAUGAAAGGAAUUCUCGUGUAAUCCUUGUAAUCCUGACUAGUGCAAUCGAUAAAGUCGAUAAUCGAUAUAAAUAAUGGAUAAAUCUCGAUAAAGAGCGAUUGAUGAAAUUGAAAAUCGAUAAAAAUCGAUAGAGGAAAAAGUUGUUGCUAAUCGAUAAUUAUCGACUUUAAUCGAUUUUUAUCGGAGUUGUCGAUUUUAAUCGGCGCUUACUCAAUUAGGUUAACAUUGGCAAAGAACGUUGUUUCCGAACAUAAGCACACUAUUUAUGUGGCUUUGGACGGUUAAAUUUGUAGCGAAAUGUGUUUUACAAAUUACACUGAAUAUUCUAACGAAACAUUUUCGGCCAAUUGACAGGAUAGAAAAGAGUUAUAAACAACUGACUCAGCUUGCUUGCACUGGAAAGUGUUCAAGUUGAACCCUACAAUAUAUAGUUCAGUAAGGGGGCUAAGUAGGCCCAUGCGCCCCCACUUUUUUGGGCGACAAUUAAAAAAAGAAGAAGACUACCACUUUACCGUCGAAAAUACUGAGUGAAUAACACAACGCAAUUCCCCCUUCGAUUUACAAAAUGUGUUGAUAGGGUUAAUUUUGUAACCUCUCAAGUCUGUUUAAAUUACAGCCGUCUCUCCUCGCUCCUAAUCACUAGGGAUGUUUUCCUUUCGCAGGGAAGACGGGGAGAGACGGCUGUCAUAAAGACUACUGAUCUCGUCCUUUGCUUGUAAUUUCAUUUGUAAAUAUGCAAAACAAAGUAGAUAAUGAACUCCGCAACUAAAAGGAAAGAGAAGUAGCAUGAUCAUAAAACAUGAUAAAAAUGUGAGAUAAAAUCAUCAUUUAAAACAGAAAACAUCUGCAUAUUGCUAAUAUAAUUUGCUGUAAAAUAACGCAUAAUUGGGUUUUGAACCUGGGAGGCAAUCGAUAAUAUCGUUAAAUUAGUUAAAAACGAUAGCGCUGACAAUUGAUUUUCUCAUAUCAAUUUUUAUCGAUUGCGCAAGUCAAGUGUAAUAUGGAAAGUCAUCUCUUUAUUCAAUGAUCGGGGAACCGAGAAGCGCCUCUUUAUGAAAGAAUUAGUUAACUAUAAAGACGUUUAGAAAAGGUUUGGGGAUCAAGUAGGCUUGCCACAAAACAAAAUUUGGUAUUGAAGAUUUUACUGAUCAGGCCUACUAAAGAUCCGGCUGACCCUCACUGGUUUGUCGUUGUGGUUGUGCCUUCAUACGUGUUUCUUAUACCACAAAACGUAAUCAUGAGUUAAUCUUCAAAUUUAUUCAUUUAGACUAAGUACGUUUUAACCAGAUUUUUUCCUGGCAUCUGUAGGUCAUCUGGUUGUCGUUGAACUUUAGUCUUUAAUUCACCGAAAUUUAUUGCAUAGAGUAACAACAGAGUGGAAAUUUGAGGUAUACUUGAACGGAUAGAAUACAAGAUUCCACGAUAUAUUAUUGAUCAUAAAGAAUGAUAAUGGUUAAACGAAGAAAAUGGCCAGUACUGGACCAAUAAAUUAAGGUUUUUGUUGUUUUUUCUUUACAAAGGAAAGUAAACCUGCCAAAGAUCGGACAAAGCUGGAGCAGCAGACGAACGAAAACAUGGAAUUGAUUUCGUUAUCAGAAAAAAGCAUUAAUGAUGAAGUCCGACAGGAUCUGGCGUCGACUCUUCAAGGCCAACUUGUAUGGAAGAAAUACUUAAAUAUUUCAUUGAAUUUAUUUUUCUUAAAUUUAUAUAUCGUUAUCAAAAGAGAGCAAAUGAUGUCCGACAGGAUCUGGCGUCAACUUUUCAAGGCCAUCUUGUAGAAAAGAACUACUUAACAACGUCUUUUUUUUAAAAAUUUAAUUAUAUUGAACGUGCAAGGCAUGCAGACAAUGAGGAAACUUGCUGGAAAAUAAGCAACAAUUUUCCACCAAAGUAACAUUCGACAUCUCUUUCUUUAAUUUAUUCUAUUGACCGUGCUCCAAAAUAAGCUAAAGAAAAAAACUCUAUGAAUCACUUGCUGAACCAUUGACUCCAUCCACAAUACCACUCACGAUCUGUCUGAUGUAAAGAAUUUUCACUUGUAUGUUAAUGUAGCUUUAUUACUGGCUGCGAUGAAAGGUUCUUAGAGAAACACCAAGAAACAACCGCUUUUAGGCAUGUUCUCCCUCACAAACGCUUUCAUCGAAAGGACAGGAGGAUUAAUCUGUCUUCCCUUCAUGCACAGGAAGGACAGGAAAGCAAAAUUUCAACCAAGGCAAAGGAAAAGAAGGCACAAGUGACCAUGGAAAUGGCUUCAUUGCACCAGGAUGACGUUACACAGGACAUGGCUUCGGCCACUCACGAUCUGUCUGAUGUAAGAAGGAAGUGUCUAAAGCCACAACCACACGAAUACGGAUACGGUGAAACCGAUUACUUCAUAUUUGCGUGAACUUAAAUUCGGAGUGGUGUAUCCGGUUUCACGCUUUCACACGCAUACGCUACUGCGGUUUUCAAUUGCAAUUGCAAUCGGACCAGCGGUGUAAUUUCACUGGCCGUAUAUCUUUCCCAGUUCCAGUGCUUUAAGGUAACAUUUCAUACACUUCUAAAGAGGGCAUGUCAAAGAGAAAUAACUAGACAAAGGCCGAUUCAUUCGUCUGGAGCGAAAGUAGACAGAAAGUUGAUGGCCUCUACUUUAUAAUUUUCAAGUUCCCGUUUAAGCCUGGACCCGAGUUUAUGACGUAGUUGAUUUAAAAAUAUCCGGUUUCAGUAGUCUUCACGAACGGGCCAAACCCGACGGAUCCAAAAAAAAAAUUCUACUCUGGAGAGGGGUUUCAAUGCGGUCUCGGUGAGUGGAUUUACCGUUCUCUUUUCUUGCAGAUGGAAGGCCGAUUCGUAUUAAAAAGUGUGCGGUUUCAAAAAUAUCCGGAUUCGUGUGGACGGAGCCUAAACCUUACACGUUUCCUUUUCUCACGUAACGAAGGGUGUGAUGUAACACCCUUCUUCUUUACGUGUGUUGGAUAACGUUAAAUGUGAUCUUUAAGUGGAAAGAUAGCGCGUUACAAGCGACCUUGACAUAAGAAGUGGAACAUUGUGGUUUGCGAACGUUAAAACUUUUUGCCCUUAAUUUCUUGUACUGAGGUCUUGUUCUUGUGCCCGUGAAGUUUCAUUCUUUUUGCAUAGGUACCCCAAGCUCACAAGUGAGAAUCAUUCAUGCGUAACAUUAAAUGAAGGCUUGCAUGUAGUUUCUAGCGGAUCACAAUUUGGGGUCACAAAUAGAAAUAUCAGCUCAGUAGUCUGUCUAACCUCAGUUGACUCCAUGUUUUCAUUAUUGAGUUAUAGGCGAGAUUGCGUCACAAAAUAUUUAAAUUUUGCUGGUUUACACAUUACGUCAUCAAAAACUCAAAGGAAAGAAUUAUCGAUCCUCCUGAGUUCUUAGUUUCAUGAAUUAUUAGAGCAGCUAAAAACUAAUAUUCAGAAAAAAUUUCACUGCGAAAAGGUUCUUCGUUUUGUGAUACAGCACGAAAAAAUUUCUAAGCUUUUGCGGCAUUUACAUGGUAGCCCGCGAGCAAGCUCUCCGGGGCGCUCUGGCGGCGGGGCGGGAAAAGGAAUGAGAGCUUGCAAAUACGUCUCUGGAACUUGAGUUCUACCUCCAAUUCGCCUGUGGCUCCUCGUCGACUGAGCUGUCAGAUUUUCGCUAAUCAGCGCGAAGCGGAAACGAGCGCGAUUGUAAACAACAAACACGUGCCAAGGGUAAUGGCCUCAUUUUAAAUGUCAUCCCCGCCAAUCAGCAUUUCGCAUCGGCUUAUUUAUUUUCUAGAGACGUAGCUCCAAGCUCUCCUUCCUUUUCCCGCCCAGCCACCAGAGCGCCCUGGAGAGCUUGCAGGCUAUUUACAUGGCGGACGAGAGAGCUGCCAUGAAGGCUGAAAAGUGGCUCUGUUGGGGGGAUUUUGCUUGAAUGGUCAUUGUAUUAAUGUCAACGUUAAUGAGUUCCUCAAGAGAUGAAUUCACCCUUAAGUAGAACAACUCUGUGACACAUGUUUCUGUUGGUUUCCGGCCGCCAUGUUAGUGACCAUUCGGAUGGGCACCAACAUUGCGUCUCCAUAUAAAGCUCUAUAAAUGUUGGUAAAAAAAUUCUCCGAAUAUCUCGCGCUUGAAAAAUUGCACCGACCUGAAUCUUGGCGAGGGCCUUUGUAUAUUUACCUUCUUUCAUUUCCCAGAUUCUAGACUUUACCUAUUAAACGGUUUUGAUUUAUUUUUAAUAGCAUGACGGUGAAAACCAGCAAUAGUGUUACAUUUUUUCUACAUGUAAAUGUGAACGCCAUUUUCUUUAAUCAUUUAGCAAAGUCUGGCUGAUGAGUAUGAAGUUAAGGAGGAUCAAUAUUCUGUACACCAAGACCAAGAAGACAUUGCAGUGUGUCCGCAACAAAGCAACAAAGAUGCCGUUCUUGAAGUGACUCCAUCGACUUCCACCGAAGUAGAUGUAAGACGAAAACAAAAACACCAUAAUUAAUUAUUCACUAAUAAAGAAGAAUUUGCCUCUAGGGCGCCUUAUUUUGCUUACGUUGCACCUUAGAAGGACACAACGUGAUCUUGGUGUUCCUGUGCCACUAAUGUGUUUCGUCGAUGGUGUACCUUUUCUGCGCUGUCUUGGAUUUACGUUUCAGCGUCUUGUUUUCAUUCUCUUGAGCUACUUUCAGUUGCGGGCCUGUGACUUCCAGAACGAUGGCUGAUAUAAUGAAUCGGCCAGUAAAAUGGUGUGUUUGUUGUUUUCAAUCAGUACCACGUGUAUCAGCAGGUGGCCGAGGCUUUCUGGGUAAACAUCAAGAGCGUGGAUUUUCAUCCUAGACUUGAAAACAGUACCCUGGACCCAAAGUAAAUUUCAUCUAGCUCUAAACUGGUCACUUUGAGGUUACUUUCAAUAGAUAAUACUUGUAUAUUCCGUGGCUCUUGUCUGGCGUAAGCAAAUUAUGUUAUUUUUAUCUUUUUAUCCGUUAUUUACUUAUUUACUAACAAGGGAAGUAAUUACUUGAAAACUGUGCUGUUUCAAGCAAAACCAAAAGUUUGACAGUUUUUUUUUUUUAUCAAUUUAAUUAGGAUGAGAAAUUCAAAGUAACUGACAAAGAACUUCUAACCAGGCCAUCGGCAUCACUAGAAAAAAAUCAAGCUUCUGCAAUGCCACUCUUAACUGAAAACCUAGGGGAGUCAGACGAGGAUCCUUGUGACGUAGAGGAGAACUUUUCUACCAAACAACUGUUUUCACUUGCCUGGCAGAUAGCUAAAGGAAUGGUAAUUAUCUUUGUGUUCUGGAUAAUGUUGCUGGGAUUCUGGUUCUGAGUAUAACUUGGAAAGAAGAAUUCAAAAGUCAAUAUUUUGUAAACAUGAAAUAGAUGGGAUAGAUAUAUUGGCUGUUUUUCUAGAUAUGAGUACAUUAAAAUGGCUUAUAUGGAAAAAAAAUUUUCUUUUCAGUCGACCCAGUUUCGGCUGGAUCAUAUCAGUGCCGAUAUUUACUUUCAUUUGUAUUUUUUCAUCUAUAUCUAACUACUUAAGGUUCGGCGUACCCCCGUUAUUAUGUUUUGAGAUCAUUUUAAUCGUUUUUUCGUUGCUUAUUUGUUAUUAGAAUCAUCUCGCCGAAAACAAUCUUGUUCACAGAGACCUUGCUGCCCGUAAUAUUCUUGUUGGCCAUGACAACCAGAUUAAAGUGUCAGACUUUGGGUUGAUGAGACAAAUCUAUGAAGAUGUGAGCAGCUCAGCGAAGUCCAGAAAACUUCCUGUAAAGUGGAUGGCCCCAGAAUCACUUUAUCAAGGCGUUUACACGACCAAAAGUGAUGUGUGAGUGAUAAGUUUUCCCGCUCCGUUGACAAGGGAACUAUUGAAACGUUUCCACUGAAUCACUUCUCAAAAUUGUAUUUGCCUUUAAAAUUACAGAAGUAUAUAACUCUGAAGCGCCUAAAUUCUCCUUAUUUGUUUGUAACCAUGCUAGGGUUGGGUUUUAGCCGUCCAAUCAGAAGCAAGGAAAAUUGUUUGCCAAAUAUGGAUUCAUAGAAUUGAAGGCAUCCCUGUCUAAAUAUAGCUAAACACGGAUUCUUCCAAUCCUUAACUUUUCUCCAAUUAAUGAUAAUAAUAAUAAUAAUAAUAAUAAUGAAUUUAUAUAGCGCAAAUUCCAUUCAAUGUUCAAAUGCGCUUUGCAAUAAAAUCACACAGUGGGAAACUGGAUACAAUAACUAAUACUACUAUAAAAAUAAUAAUAAUAAAAAAAUAAUUUAAAAAAGCGAAUGCUUCUACUUAUACUAAUACUAGUACUGCUAUGCUAAUGCUACUAUGAUAUUGCGCUGCAGGUUAUGACAAAAAUGCUAAACGAAAAAGGUGCGUUUUUAGCUUUGAUUUAAAAGUGUCCGACGACUUGGAGUCUCUGACUUCAAAUGGCAAUACAUUCCAGAGUUUUGGUGCUGCUCAAGUAAACGACCUCUCACCAAGUGUUGCUUUCGCUUUGAAGCCGGGUUGCUUAAGCAAGAGGGUGUCAGUAGAACGUCUCAGGUUAUAGCAUGACUGAGGCUUCAGAGAUGUUAGUGACUCCAAGUAAGUGGGAGCUGUGCCAUGCAAGAUCUUGAAAGUUAACAGAAGAAUCUUGAAUACAUUUCUAGAGUGAAUCGGUAACCAAUGCAACUUAAUAAGGAGCGGUGUUAUGCGACAAUCUACCCUCAGUAAAUAUCAGUCUGGCACAGGCAUUCUGCACACGUUGUAAUUUGAUCAAUGAGCAGUUUGCCAGACCAUACAAUAAAAACUUUUACAUCAGUCACGACGAAUUGAUAUGAAAGCAUGAAUAAGUGACUCUGCUGACUUCUUGGAGAGAUACUUCCGGAUCCGACGUAAGUUAUUCAAAUAGUAGAAUGAUGAACUGCAAAUUUUCGAAAUAUGUUCCGUCAUAGAGAGAUUGGCAUCUAACCACGAGCCAAGGUUCCUAGCGACAGGCACAGGGUGAAUGUUAGUGUUACCUACUCGAAUAUGAGUGAUAACUACCUUUCUCAAGCUUUUCCGGUGUACCUGUUAGAAGAAGUUCAGUUUUUUCGUCAUUUAAUUUAAGAUUGUCAUGCAACAUCCAAGAACGAAUAUCAGUAAUGCAACUUUCCAGUAACUCUCCAGCAUUAAGUUGAUCGAGCCUGUCUUUUGGGCAGAAUGAGAUGUGUGCCUGCGUGUCGUCAGCGUAAAAGUGAACCGUAGGAAAAUGAUGUUUGAUGAUCUCGAAGAGUUUGCUCGAAUACAAAGUAAAUGAUAAGGGACCCAAACAGGAACCUUGAGGGACACCACAUUGCAACUCGAAUUCCGCGGAGAGUGUCUCAUUGAAGGCUAUUUGCUGAGACCUUCCGGACAGGUAAGACGAAAACCAGGAGAGGACUUUUCCAUUUAUACCAAAUGUGAACUGAAGUUGAUGCAGUAAAGUGUCGUGAUCGACAGUGCCAAAAUCCGCAUUUAAGUCGAGGAGAAGAAGCAGAGUGACACGUUGAUAGUUCAUUUUAAGGAGGAUGUCGUUAGUGACUUUGAGAAGUGCUGUUUCUAUGCUGUGUUUGGGACGAUAAGCUGAUUGUAGGACAGGGAAGAGAUCAUUGCUGAAUAAAUAAUGCUUAAUUUGCUUGGCGCCCGCAGUCUCCACAAGUUUUGAGGCAGAUGCGAGGUUACUCCCAGGUCUAUAGUUCUUAAAGAUGGGAUCGAGACCCUCCUUCUUUAGCAGUGGUUUAACAAAGCGUGCUUUCAGAUAAGAGGAAAAUAGCCUGAUUCCAGCGAAAGGUUAAUUAAUUUCGUAAUUGGAGGAGGUAAUACAUCAAGACACUCAGUAAAAAGCUUAGUAGGAAUGGGGUCAAGAGAACAAGUCGUCUUUGUAGAUGAUUUGAUUAGUUCAUGAACUUCGGUUUCAGAAAGAAGACGAAAUUCAGAAAAAGAGGGGCCUUCAAGUGCAAAGUGGGAUUCGCUAACAUCGGAAGUUACCUUGGCGAGCAAUCUCAAGCCGAAUGGAGUUAAUUUUGUCACGGAAGAACUUGCCAAAAUCUUUAGCCAUUAAUUUAUUAAGAUCGGAAUGUAGAGGGAGACUGGCACACUUCGAUAGGUUAAGCAGUGAUUUACAUGCAGUGAACAGUUUCCUCUGAUUGAGACAGUUUUCAACUAAAUUUUUCAAUUACAUCCAAAACUCAAAAGGACACGCAUUUUUGGGCUCGUCCACGACAAAUAAAAGGAAUUAAGAGAUAAACAGGGAAAUAAACAAUCUAAAUACCGUGACUCUGUACAUAUUUAUAACCUCUUUGUUUUUUUUUUUCGUAGUUGGUCUUUUGGUGUUGUUCUUUGGGAAAUGGCUACCUUGGGUGAGUGGACGGUAAUUUUGCAGUUUGUUGUUGUCAUGUUAAAUUUUCAAAAACCCUAAUUGACUGACAAAUCCAAAAAAACAUUUUCCAUGGUCUAUGACUCUUAUCGACCGUAAAAAUGAUGUCAAAAUGUUGAAAACUCAUGUACGACCCGCAGGAUAUAAUGGUUUCACACUGCAAAGUUUUGAGCUUCCAAGGGAAUUAAGCUAGGGGACCGUGCCUGAACCCACCUUGCCCCUUUUGGCAUGUUGGGAUGUAACUUAACUGUUACGAUUGUUAUCAAGGUUACUGCUACCAGGAAGGGCGAAAGCAAUGUUUCAUAAUGUUUCAUUUGCGGCAAGUUUGAAUUUUCCUGUUUGAUCUGGGCUAUGUUUUAAUUGAUUAAGUGCUGUGAGACGUCUCCUAGUUGAUAACCGUAUGUGACAACAUAUAUUAAAUUUGCGAGCAUUUCAGUGAUGACUGGAAACGAGAAGCCUUAUUGUUAAAGGAGCUGUGUCACGAAAUUCAGCAAAAUUAGGAAAUUACAAAAUGCCCGUUAAAUUAAGAGAAACAUAAAAACAAACGCUCAAAACUUUAAAGGAAGGUUAAAAUAACAUAACAGAAACAACAGAUGCCACGGAUGGGCAAAACCUGAAGAAGAUUGAAACGAACUGAAAUUAGGGUUUUUGAAAACUGUUCAGCCUAACAGUUUUUCAAAGUUGAUCCCGGCUGCUUGCAACUUCAAAAAUAAUGCUCAGGAGACAUAUUCGUUUGUCUCGGAUCACUGAUUUUGUCAUUUACCUGUAAUUUCUUUGCUUACUUUAAGUUCCAUAGCGAUUUAGGGCGAGUAAUUGGCAAAAUUAAACAAAAUGAACUGGACUGCCGUGACACAGCACCUUUAAUCACCCUGCCUUCUAUUAUUACACAUUUAACUGCAUUGGGUAUAUAUCAGACCUCUAUUCAAUCAACCAUUUUUGCAAAAUGGCCUUAUUGAGUUUAUAUGAGGAGAAGUGACAAUCGACUAAGACAUCUUUAAUAGAAAUCUAACUAAUGGAAAAUUACAUGUAUUCAUUUGCCGAUAUGUAAUCAUUUGUUUUCUUUCUCGCAAUCGUCAGGAGGCGUACCAUACCCCACGCUGACCAACUCAGAGUUGUAUCGACUGCUCGGUACUGGUUAUCGCAUGGAAAGGCCUGACAUGUGCUCUGAUGACGUGUACGUUUCUUGAUUAGAGUGAUCUUAGAUUUAACAGAUUCGAUUUUUCUGUGCGUCUGCUCAGUUACAUUUCACACCGAACGGUGCAGCAUACGAAUUCGUCAAAUAUUUUACUCUGAUCAUAUUAAAUACUGACCAGACGGACGGCAAGGGAAGACUUUUGUUAAGAUCUUCACUCUUUGAACAAGAAAACCCUCCAAGGUUUAUGGUCAAUAAAGGCAUCAUUAGCAGUGAUCAGGUUAAUCUCUUUCUUGGGGCCGGGGGGAGUAUUCCCUGUACUGGGGAGGCACCCCCCCAAAAGGGGUCCUUCUCUCAGUCUUCUGAUGUAGGAAUUUUGCUAGUCGAAGUGUAUGAAAGGGUAGGGAAAUCUGUCAUUUCGGUCUGUAAAAUGACUUAAGAGGACCGGAUAAGAUUUUUUGGCUGUGAAAAAGUCGAGAAAAAAGAAACUCAAUUGAAGCUAAGAAGCCUAUAUAUUCUACUAAAAAUUUUUCUUUUAUUCCAAUAGACCUCUUUCGCUUGAAUGUUUUGUUUUCCCAAUAUUUGUCAUGUCUAACGGUCCAAUUCCCCUGGGACCUCUUUUGGGAAACCAAAACAUAAAACCUAUAAAGAGGUCUAUUGACACUGUCUAAUAAUUGACUGGAGCUCUUCUAAGCAUUGAAUAGUCCUUUUUUUUUUUUCUAUUCAUAACAGAUAUGAGCUGAUUACUGAAUGUUGGAACGAAGACCCUUACAUUCGUCCCAGUUUCUACCGUUUGAUCGAAAAAAUGGAGGUGAUAAUGGAAAGGGAUGCACCAUAUUUGCAUGUAAACAAGCACGAUGAAGAUCGUCCGUAUUACAACGUGCCACCUGAAGCUAGUGAUGAUUAA